AUGGACAAUGACGAACCUCUUGAGCCUGAGACAAAAGAUGAGAGCGACAGUGUGUCUGCACCGCAGAGCAGUAACGAAACACUCUACUGUGAGGCUGAAGCCCCUGUGGUUGUUGAGAAAGAGAAACCAGCCCAGGAGAGCUCAGAGACAGAUCUUGAGAUCGAAGAUACCGAGAAAUUUUUCACCACUGGACAAAAGGAGCUGUACCUGGAGGCCUGCAAACUGGUGGGCGUAGUGCCUGUCUCCUACUUCAUCCGGAACAUGGAGGAGUCCUACGUGAACCUCAACCACCAUGGGCUGGGCCCCAAGGGAACCAAGGCUAUUGCUAUAGCCUUGGUGUCCAACACAACUGUCCUCACGCUGGAGCUGGCGGAUAACUGCAUCAUGAAGGAGGGUAUCCUGAGCCUGGUGGAGAUGCUGCAGGAAAACUACUACCUGCAGGAGAUGAAUGUUUCUGACAAUGAUCUCGGCUUGGAGGGGGCCAGAAUCCUCUCCGAGUUCCUCCAGAAUAACACCUCCUCGCUCCUCAGUCUUCAGCUAGCAGGAAAUAACUUCAAGGAAGAAUCUGCAGAGCUGUUCUGUCAAGCCUUGUCGAACAAUUACAGAAUUAAAUCACUGGAUCUCAGUCACAACCAAUUCUGUCAUAAGGCAGGCGAGUACCUGGGGCAGAUGCUAGCCAUCAAUGUAGGGCUCCAGUCGCUGGAUCUGAGCUGGAACCACCUCUACAUCCGGGGAGUGGUGGCCUUGUGCAACGGUCUCCGGUCUAACGUGUCGCUGAAGAAACUCGACCUCUCCAUGAACAGCUUUGGGAACGAGGGGGCUGCAGCCCUAGGGGAGGUCCUCAGACUCAACAGCUACCUGACCUACCUAGACCUCAGCAGCAACAACAUCACCAAUGACGGGCUCUCCAAAAUCAGCAGAGCCCUGGAGUUGAAUGAGAGCCUCAAAGUUCUGAAGCUUUUUCUGAACCCUAUAAGUAUGGAUGGUGCUUUGUUACUUAUCCUGUCCAUCAAGAGGAACCCCAAAUCCAGGAUGGAGGAUAUUGACAUUUCUAAUGUGCUGGUGUCCGAGCAGUUCGUGAAAAUACUGGAUGGCGUGUGCGCCAUCCACCCCCAGCUGGACGUGAUAUACAAGUCAGUGCAAGCCCUCUCGGCCAAGAAAACCCUCUUCACAUGGACGAACCCCGUGAAACUGAUCCAGAGCUACGCAGACCAAAACAAAAUCUCCGUCCUGGACUUCUUCAGGAGCCUGAACCCCAGUGGAGAGAUGAUGAUGCCUGUGGGUGAGUUCCGGAAAGCCAUGAUACGGCAGAACAAGGUCCCCAUAAACCGGUACCAAGUCAGGGAGCUGAUAAAGAAGCUGGGCGAGAAGACAGGCAUGGUGGACUUCAGGUCAGCCUGGCCCCGCUGCCCAGACCUCUUGGGGCUGCCCCUCUGGCCCCCGGAAGGCCUGCAAUUCCGUCUAAGUCCCCGGCCGAUGCAGAGCCGCGCCUGGCCCUACUCUGGUCAGCAGAAGCACAUCAAGGAACCUGGGUGA